AAUCGGCAGUGUUCGCGGGUUACGGGAGGACUAAGGGCCAUCACGCUUUUCUCUCAUCCUCAUUUCCCUUCACUCAAUUCCAAUAUCACCCAAACACCCCCCCCCCUCUCUCUCUCUCUUACAACUCCCCAUACCUUCGACAAUCGAAGAAGCAAAACCCCUAUAUGGAGGAACCCACCCUUCUAACUUAGUUUCUCUCUCUCUGUCUCUCUUAAGGGGACAAAAUUGGGUAGAAAAACCAAGGCAAACAAUGUCUAGUUAUCAAGGUGUGAUUGUUUCUGAUCCAUGGCUUCAAAGCCAGUUCACUCAAGUCGAGCUCCGAACCCUCAAAUCCAAGUUUAUCUCUGUGAGGACACAACAUGGCCGUGUUACUCGGGAUGAUCUGCCACCAGUGUUUGCUGGUAUGAAAGCUUUCAGUGAAAUGUUUAGUGAGGAUGAGAUUAAGACUUUCUUGGGAGAGUCAAACAGUGACAUGGGUGAAGAAAUUGAUUUUGAGGCCUUCCUUCGGCUUUAUCUAGAUUUGCAAGGUCGCGCAGUUGAAAAAUCAGGUGGCUUGAGAUCUUCAUUUCUCAAGGCAACCACAACCACUUUUCACCAUGCUAUUAAUGAAUCUGAGAAGGCUUCUUAUGUUGCUCAUAUCAAUAACUAUCUGGCAGAAGAUAAAUUCUUGAAAGAUUUUCUUCCAAUUGAUCCAGCCACAGACGCUUUAUUUGAUCUUGCGAAAGAUGGAGUCCUUCUUUGCAAGCUUAUCAAUGUAGCUGUUCCUGGGACCAUAGAUGAGCGAGCUAUUAACACAAAAAAGGUUCUUAAUCCCUGGGAGAGGAAUGAGAAUCAUACUCUUUGCCUUAAUUCUGCAAAAGCUAUUGGUUGCACCGUGGUUAACAUUGGCACACAAGACCUUGUUGAAGCAAGACCCCACCUGGUACUUGGAUUGAUUUCUCAAAUUAUUAAGAUUCAACUACUAGCUGAUCUCAAUCUGAAGAAAACUCCUCAACUUGUAGAACUGGUGGAUGAUAGCCAGGAGGUGGAGGAGCUUUUGAGUUUAGCACCUGAAAAGGUUUUACUGAAAUGGAUGAAUUUUCAUCUGAAGAAAGCUGGAUACCAAAAGCAGGUUACAAACUUCUCUACAGAUUUGAAGGAUGGAGAAGCAUAUGCACACCUGCUUAAUGCACUUGCUCCUGAACACAGUACGCAUUCAACUUUGGAUGCAAAGGAUCCAACUGAAAGAGCAAACAAGGUUCUUGAGAUGGCAGAGAAAUUGGAUUGCAAAAGAUAUCUCACUCCUAAGGACAUUGUCGAGGGCUCACCAAAUCUCAAUCUUGCAUUUGUAGCUCAAAUAUUCCAUCACAGGAAUGGUUUAACUGACAGCAAAACGACAACCUUUGCUGAGAUGAUGACGGAUGAUGCAGAAACGUCUCGUGAAGAGAGAUGCUUUCGCUUUUGGAUGAAUAGUCUUGGAGCUACUACAUAUGUCAACAAUGUUUUUGAAGAUGUUAGAAACGGGUAUGUUAUGUUGGAAAUUGUGGAUAAAAUUUUUCCUGGAACAGUUAACUGGAAGCAGGCAAAUAAGCCUCCUAUAAAGAUGCCAUUUAAACAGGUUGAGAAUUGCAAUCAAGUGAUACAGAUUGGCAGGAAUUUAAAUUUCUCACUUGUCAAUGUAGCUGGCAAUGAUAUUGUGGCUGGAAACAAGAAACUUAUAAUAGCAUUUUUGUGGCAACUGAUGAGGUUUUCAAUGCUACAACUCCUUAAAAACUUGAGAACUCACUCCCAAGGUAAAGAAAUUACAGAUGCUGAUAUUCUGAACUGGGCUAACAAUAAAGUAAAGAAGGCAGGUAGAACCUCUCAAAUGGAGAGCUUCAAGGAUAAAAGCCUUUCCAGUGGUAUAUUCUUCCUCGAGCUUCUCAGUGCAGUGGAACCAAGGGUCGUUAACUGGGGUCUUGUUACCAAGGGAGAAACUGAUGAAGAUAAGAAGUUGAAUGCAACUUAUAUAAUCAGUGUUGCUCGGAAGCUUGGGUGCUCCAUUUUCUUGUUACCCGAGGAUGUCAUAGAGGUGAACCAGAAAAUGAUGCUUACAUUGACAGCCAGCAUCAUGUACUGGAGCCUACAGCAGCAGGAAGCAGCGUCUGAAGAUGGUGAGAUUUCUGAUGAGAUAUUUGUGGAAGGCCGCGAGAAUGAGACACGUCUCUCCGGUGAAACCUCCGACUUAACUCUUGAUUCAGAAUCUUCAAAGACGGAAGAAUAGGAUAGUAAUGAAUAACAACCAUAGGAAGCUUUCUAAUUAUUUUCCCUGGUUCUUUCACUCGAAACUUCAUUGCUUUUUGUAGACCACAGGAGAAGAAAGAAAUGGGACUAAAAAAUAUAUUCUUUGGAUUGCACUCAUUAUGCUUUGAAUCAUUUGAGGCCUCUUCUCAAUAAUCUAUUUUCCUGUCUAGAAAUUAUGCAAA